AUGAGCUCCCUGUGCGAUCGCAACAAGACUCGCAUGAGGCACAACUUGCAGAAUAAGCUGUUGCAAUGGUACGUGUCCUGCUUCGAGCUGUUGCCAGUUGAGUCUAUCGACUCGUUCGAGCCCGUCACGUUCGCCCACUGUCUCAUUGAAGACAUCAAGAACUCCAAGGAGGUCAAGGCCAUUGACAAGAAAAAGGAAGCAUUGGAAGCCUGGGGCCAGCAGGUCGCCCAGGUCUGCACUUCCAUCGUCGACGCAAAGAACGCGUUGGCGAGAAAGGUGCGCGCGCGCAAAUCCCAGGACGAUGCUGCCCGGCGCAAGGCUGAGACCGAACAGAGGGCGAAAGCGAGUCAGGCGAUCGGCCAGAAGGCGGACGAGGCUCGGCGGGCUUUGAAGUACACCGACCAGACAGCCGUCUUCUUCCUAGAGUGGGAGCAGAUCGGCCACCGCAUCGUCCAAUGCGACGAGGGAUCACCAGAGAUCGAGGCUCUGUUGGACCCGUUCGUCGUCACUAGCAGCGACAGCAUCAAACGCCUGGAGAGCAACUCGACCUUCCGGAACAAGGAGAAGACGGGCGUGCUGGACCUCUGGGAGUCCAAGUCGGGGUUCAAGGGCGCCUUGGCCCAGGGAGACAGCUUCCAGCAUGCGUUGGUGCAGGAGCAGGGCUUGGCGGACAUGGAGUCCUUGUUCUCCGCUUUCGUCGGCAAGGCCGCCGUGGUAGACACGGUCCCGCACGAGGCUGCGGCGCAUGACUUGGAGACGGUCCUCCUCAUGGGUUUCAGCGGCCACUACGUGCGCAUCGGCGCCGAGCCGCACUACCUCGGGAGCAUGAGGCUGAUCACCUCUGGCUGCAUGAAGGUUGUGUGCGCUGCAGCAGACGACCUGCUGAAGGCGGCGGACGUGCGCGAUGGGCUGGUUGGCAAAAACACGUUGGCGCAUGCGAAGUCUAUCCUGAGUUCCCUGGCCAAGAAGGAGGACGCGUCGGGGCUGACCGAGCACGGUGCCCAGUUCUACCACGCCGUUGUGCAGGCGGGGCAGAUGCUCUUCGUGCCGCCGGGCUACGUCACGGCGUUUGCCGUCAUGAACGGCGACCCUUGCGGCUUGUGCCGCAAGUUCCUCUUGCCGAAGCGUGGCAGCGAAGAUCGUUUGGCCUUUCUGAGUGCGAGGGCCCCUGAAGAGGUGGCUGAAUGUCUAAAUCUUCUGAGGCAGGCGGUGUCUGCUAAGAGGCUCUGCGCUUAG